AUGAGCUCCUCAGGCAAUCCCUUGCACGAAGAGUGCAUCAAGGGCACCAUUCACGAAGGCCAACCUCAGGGUACUGAAGAGGAGAUUCAUGGGUUGAAUACCUACGUGGUCGGCAACCGUAACAAUCCGCGAGCGAUCCUAGUAGUCUACUCAGACAUCUUCGGCCUCCUCUUGCCCAACAACAAACUGAUUGCUGAUGCCUACGCCACGAGUGGCCAAUAUCUUGUCUAUCUCCCAGACUUCUUCAAGGGGGAUCCAGUGCCGCUCAAGACAGCCGAUGUUCUGCUCCCGGUGGACGCAAAGAAGCAGUCGACAUUGGCAAAAUACACGGGCCUCCUUGCGAGGGCGCCUAAUCUGGUCAUGUGGAUGCAGAGGCACAAGGAAGGGCCUUCCAACAAGGUCUGCAUGGAUUUCCUGCAGGCCUUGCGACGCUCGACUUCCGCAAGCCAGAAGAUCGGCAUGGUUGGUUUCUGCUGGGGAGGAAAAUAUGCCAUUCGAGCCGGGCUGGAGAGCAAUAUGAUUGAAGUGGACGGCAAAAAAGUGCCGCUCGUGGACGCAGUUGCCGCCUUGCAUCCAAGCCAUCUGACCCUUCCACAUGACGUCGAGGCGUUGGUCGUACCUGUCACCAUCGGAUGGGGAGUGGAGGAUCAGGGCGUGAGCUUUGAGACGAAGGCCAAGGUGGAAGACAUCCACGCGCGGGCAAAGGCAGCCGGGAGGAAGAUGCCAGAGGUAGUGCACAAGGUCUAUAAGCCGGGACGGCAUGGGUUUGCUGUGAGAGGUAAUCCGGAUGAUCCAGAGGAGCGGGCGUGUCUGGAGGACUCGGAGAAGCAAGUACUGGACUGGUUCGACCGCUGGCUUUGA